CAUGUCUACGUUUAAUGACAUCACAUUAAAGCGUCUACACGGUUUGGUAAACCUUGGGUUGAAGACUCUUUUCUUCUUUAUGUUGGUGCGUGGAAAGAUAACGAAUCUAAAUAGUUAGAUAAUGGCUGCUGUGGAUAACAUGAUCAGUGGUACUGUACUUUACAGGCGAGGUGAAGGGCAGAGUGAUGAUUCUGACAUUUGGGAUGAUACUGCCUUGAUAAAGGCUUAUGAUAAAGCAGUAGCAUCUUUCAAGACUGCGUUGAAGAAUGGCGAAACCACUGAACCACAGAUCAUCGGAGAAAAAAAGCCUUCUGGUGCAAAAAGGAAAAAUAAAAAGAAGAACAAAAGCAGGAAAAGAAGCAACACUGCCAAGAAUCGACAGCACUGGGGAGUUGGUGAUUCCUGCAAAGCAGUGUGGUCUGCGGAUGGCAGCAUUUAUCCAGCCACCAUUGCAUCCAUAAAUGAAAAGAAGGGGACUUGUGCUGUUGUUUACAAAAAUUAUGGCAAUGCAGAGGAACAAAGGUUGUCUGACCUGCUUUCCCCAGGUAUUUCUGAACCAGACAGUGGAAACCCAGAUGUUAAGCAGGAUGGACAUGAGGUUCAGCAGUCAACAGAUGAAAGUGAAAACUCUUCUUUAUUACAAAAGUCUGAUAAACAAAAUAAAACCAAGUCCAAAAAGUCUGGAUUUCCAGAGCUAUGGAAUGCCCCAUUUCCCCCUCCUUUUCCAUCACUCCCUGGCAUCAAAAUGACAGGAAACAAGCUCAAUGGAACACCACCCUUUCUUCCCAAUUUACCUCCUGGGACGACUUUUCCUGUAGGACCUCCAGUAAGUGUACUGCAGACUUUAUCAAACAGAUUUGUUCUACAUAUUUCAGAUUGUUUGUAUAUAGCACAUGGGAAUAUGGAGAGUAGUCAUCUCAUGGAUUUAAGAAAACCUGGUUUGUCAUACUAG